ACACAUGGUCGAACACCUAAAACCAACCGCCAAAAAGGAAUGAGGGAAAAAAUUCAACUGAAAGAAAAAGAAAGAGAAAGGCAGGGAACCCUAGGCGCAAAUCAAAUCAGUGGAGCGGAGAAAGCAAAGAAAGGCAGAGAGGGCAUUUCCCCAGAAUUUGAAAUUAAUCAGAGGCUGAGGCAUUGAGAACACAGAAAGAGAGAUUGGCAAUGGCAGAGGUUGGGAUUAUAUAGAUAGCUUCACAUAAUCUCUCCCUCUAAUCCGCUCUCUUUCUCUCCCAAGCUCUGCCUCCCUUUUUCCUUCUCUUCCUUUCUUGUUCGACCUUUCCGCUAAUCGGAGUCUCUCAGAAUUUCUCGUUUCCAUGUCUAAACGGGUGUUAUGCAAGUUUUUUGCACAUGGGGCAUGUUUGAAAGGGGAGCACUGUGAAUAUUCUCAUGACUGGAAUUAUCCAUCAAGCAAUAUUUGCACCUAUUAUCAGAAAGGGAAAUGCUCUUAUGGAACUCGGUGCCGAUAUGAUCAUCUUAAACCUUCAAGGCUACAUUUUGGUGCUUCAUCUUCUACUAGUAUUCCUUUUGGGAAUACAAGGUUCGGAGCCUAUCCUAUUAUGAAAGCUCGUAUUUUGCCUUCAGAGCUCUCCCCGGGAAGUAGACCUUUUCUUCCAUCUAAUCAUCCAACACGAAAUUUGGAACCUGGGAAAUGCGACGUCUUUGAUGGUACUAUAGAGCUGAAAAAUCUGAAACUACCAUCUGAUCGUCCGUUAUGCUGUUAUGCGGCCACUGGGAACUGCCCGAGAGGAGAGCAAUGUCCUCACAUUCAUGGUGACUUGUGCCCUAACUGUGGGAGGCAUUGUUUGCAUCCUUUGAGGCCCGAGGAAAGAGAGGAGCACAUGAAAACGUGUGAGAAAAUGCAGAAGCACCUUGAUGCGUUGAAGCACAGUCAAGAGAUAGAAUGUUGCGUGUGCUUGGACAAAGUGUUGUUCAAGUCGACGGCGGCAGAACGUAAGUUUGGUUUGCUCUCUGAGUGCGACCAUCCAUUCUGCAUAGGGUGUAUCAGGAAUUGGAGAAGCAGCUCGCCUACCCCUGGAACGGAACCCAGUUCAAUGUCCAGGACGUGCCCAGUAUGCCGCAAGCUAUCCUAUUUCGUGGUUCCUAGUGUGAUUUGGUAUUCCUGCCAAGAAGAGAAGACGGAAAUCAUUGACAACUAUAAGGCAAAGCUUAGGUUCAAUAGAUUGCAAACACUUCAACUUUGGUAUUGGAAACUGCCCGUUUGGUUCCAGCUGCUUUUACAAGCAUGGAUACAAAGAUGGGCGUCUAGAGGAAGUGGUUCUCCGCCAUCUUGGUUCUGAAGAUGGGCACACAGUCAUAUCUAAAAACAUCAGAUUGUCAGAUUUUCUUGGAGGACUCCAAAUUAGCUGAAUGUGUUGUUGUGCUAGAUAUUAAUUACAGUGAGUACCAAUAUGAUAAGAAUACUUACAAGUCUGCAAAGGUCUCCAAUUAUGGAAUCGAGACAAUAGUUUUCUUCAAGAGUGUCUUAUUACUAGAGGUGCUCUUCGUUUCGCCAUAGAAUCUGCAAGGGGCAUUGUACAGUUUGCCUAUUUGUUAAAUAAACUUCCAUCCACCCACCAUUUUGCUUAGCUAAUAAUGAGUGUUGUAACAAGAAAAGAGCACAGAGGAUGGCUAAAGAAUGGCCCUAUACAAUAGAUAAUGUUUCUUAGCUUGCUUGAUUGAAAGAGACUGAAAAUGACUUUGUAUAAGAUAGAAAGAUUUAAUUGUUAGUGUUGGUAUUGUGUGUGCCCAAAUUGACAUAAUAAUCUACUUAUGUCUUCUUUGGGAAAUGUUAAGAUAGAAAGACGAAAUUCAUUUUCUUAACACAAGAAACAAGUAUAUAUAUAU